AUGGAGCCAACCAGAUCAAACUAUACGGCAUUAUCUUAUGGUGUCCCGUUUGGUUCUUUCGCGGUGUUAUUCAUUCUCAUCAGCAUCAUCAAUAAACGUAGUAACUGGUUUAUUCUUGGUCUGAUUCUUGGAAUAGAUAAGACAACGGAUGACCCGCCGAAGCCACCGCAUUGCGUUUAUUGUGGAUCAACGCUCACUUCUUCUGCAAAAGAAGAUCAAUCGAAGAAUUCAAGUGAUGUCGACUCGAAACAUUUAGGUUACUGUGCCACUUGUAAAAAAGUCUUCAGCGCUCCCGUGAAAAGCAACCCAAACAUAGAUAUCCUGCCAGAGUCAGGCAACUGUACACAAUGUAAAAGUAAAUUCAAUCUUAUUGUGAGAGAAGAAAAAGUUGAACCAGAUAAACAACCCUUGGAGAAGUAUCUCUACAUCGAUUUUGAGAACGGCGACGAUGUUGUGCCUCAAUUAAAAUGUUUCAUACGCGUAUUAAGCGAUCUUUUAACUGCUGCUAUUCUAGCCGUUUUUGUGUCAAUCAUUUUCACAAAUUUAAUCUUAUCCAAUCAGACUGUAAAAAAUGGUCGUAAAUGUCCUACAUUUGAUGCUGACUGCUUCACUACACAGGGAAAUUACGAUGUUUUACCAUACAGUUGCAUUGACGGAAAUUAUGUCAAUAUUUCUAACUACAAUGAUUAUGUAUGGUGUGUAGCAUGGGUUUAUCAAGACCAAACUGCUCAAGAUGUACUUGACACGCUCGGUACAUGCGGUGGCCUGCUCGGCAUAAUCUCGUGCAUUGUUCCUUUAGUUUAUUACCUUUCAUACAAUAAAAAGCACAAUUGGUUAAGUUGUUUCUGCAUUGUCAUACCGCUAAGCGGUUUCGGCGGGUUGGCAUGGAUGCUUUGGUAUACUUGGGAUGCCCGACCAUCCCAACUUGCGGUUACCGCUUUCGCGGUUGCCGUUUCGAUGAUGACGAUUGGCUGGCUUUGGGCAGUCUGGCGCGCAUGCUUUUUAAAAGGUGCAGAUGGUGGUUGCUCAUGCUACGCAUUUCAAGAUCAAAACCGAUGUCAUUGUCCAAAAUGGCUCUUAAAAAAGCUUUGUUGCUGCAAAUUGUGUUAUUGUUGCUGCCAUAUUGUUUGUGGAAAGUAUACGUACUACCCAUGGGCAUGUUUACGUGAUUUCUGGAAGUAUUUUUGUUGUUGCUGUUGCGGUAAAAGUUAUGAACAAUACAAGAGCUGCCCAAGGUCUUUCUCAAUAGCAGGCAUGGAACUACCUCCAUUUAAUAACCGGGUAGCACUUGCAUCAACUAAACCAUCAACGAAGGAACCCUAUAUGAUCUGA